UUCUGAAAAAACUAGCCCUAGGCCUGCUUUUCGCCAGCACCAGAUCUUUUUGAAAUCAUCAAACCCAACAUCGCCAUCCACCAAAUAGAUAAACAGCAUGCUCGGCUCCAGUGCUUCCAAUCCUCCUCCACCCCCAGCAGAUAGCUAUAUGCUUUUCGACGUCACAUGCCCACGUACGAUUGCUUUGUCUGUUCCAUCAUCAAGAUAUAAAUUCCAACAAUUUCUCACCAACCCCUUACUUCCUCUCCUAAUCGCUAAUUGAUUGGUUAUACCACUUUCAUUCUGUUGAUAUAUUCAAUCUAUUACACAUCUGUGUGUUUUUACUUUUGCAAUCUCCUUGAACAUUGUCCAAUGGCCAGUUACGCUCAUUUAAUUCCAACUGCUGAUUUUGCUCUAAUCGGUUUGGCUGUUAUGGGUCAAAAUUUGAUCCUUAACGCUGCUGACCAUGGUUUUACUGUUGU